ACUAGCAAAAAUGCACAAAUCUGUUUUCGUUUUGUCGUUACUACUUUGUUUGGUAAAAGCUAUACCAGCACGUGACAGAUUUGAUUACCUUUUUUCACAUAAUCCUGACAAAGAACCGUCAAAUGAUGAAGUAUUCACUUUUGCAGGAGAACAAAAACAAGUGCCGUCUUUUAACAAGUUUAAUUAUUUUUCUUUAGAUAACCAUGACAAAGAAGAGUCAAAUCCUGUUUUCAAUUUUAAAAAGCAAAAUCUUAUAAAAAAACAAAAAGAAGAAAUUGUAACACCUGUUUCUACCCACCCUCCUUUUAGGUGGGAAAAGUUUAUACAAGGAUUUGGUAAAGCGUUAAACUGUUCUAACAGUAACAAUCAAUCACCUGAAACUAAUAAACCUGCAGAACAACAUUUGGAAAACGAAAAUUCUACAAAUUUAUCCAACACUUUAAGUAAAGAAUUAACAGACGAGUUACCAAAUUCAUCAGAUGAAACAACAGAGACUUUGAAAACUACUACAGAAAAGGAUGCUUCCAUCGAAUUUACUACAGAUAAUUUAAUCAACGUGUCAGAAAUCAAAGAAAAAGAAGAAGAAGAAACUGAAUCAUCAGAAGCAGAUCAAACUAAUUCAUCUAAUAAUUUAAGUAAAAAUGUAUCAUCAAACGAUCUAGCUGAUCCAUCAUUAAAUAAACUAGAUGUGCCUGUGUCGACUACAACAAUGGCCAUAGAAAAUUCAACCGACAACCUAAAAAGUAAAGAAGAAGAAACUAAAACAUCCGAGGCUGAUCCAAAUAAUUUAAGUCAAGAGUCAGGCGAUGUGUCUGAUCAACUUUCAAAUAAAUUAGAUGAAAAAACGGAGACUUUAAAAACGUCUACAGAUAAUUCCAUUAACAUGUCAGACAUUGAAGAAGAAGAAACUGAAUCACCAGCAGCCGAUCAUAUUAAGUCAUCUAAUAAUUCAAGUGAAGAUUUAUUAUCAAACAUUCUUCCUAAUUCAUCUAUAUUUAUACCUGUGUAUACUACAACGCCUAUAACUGAUUCAACCGAUUAUCUAAAAAGUAAAGAAAAAACUGAAUCUUCAGAUGUCAAUCUAAAUAAUUCAAAUCACGAGUCUGACGAUGUGUCUGAUCAACUUUCAAUUAAAUCAGAUGAAACAACAAAGAUUUUGAAAAUGACAACAGAUAAUUCAAUCAACGUGUCAGAAAUCGAAGAAAAAGACACUGAGUCACCAAUAGCCGAUCCAACUAAUUUAUCUAAUAAUUUAAAUAAAGAAUCACCAGAUAAUUUAACUGACCUAUCUUUAAACACAUAUGAUGAAUCUAUAGAAACUGUAGAUACACCCACCGAUGAUUCAACCGACAACCUCAAAAAUAAAGAAGAAAAAACCGAAUCACCAGAAGCUGAUUUAGCUAAUUUAUCUAAUAGUUUACAAGAAACGUUAGAUAAUGUUCAUGAUACAUCUUCAGACACUUCAAAUGAAGAUACAAAUACCUUAGAAACGUCAAGCAACAUUCCAGAAAGUAAAGAAAAAGAAACUGAAUCUUUAGAAGCAAAUCCAACUGAGUCAUUUGAUAUUAUUUCAACUGAAAACUUGUAUGAUAUAUUUACGGAAACCACAGAAAUACCUACAAAUGAUUCAGCCGACAACCUAAGAAAUAAAGAGGAAGAAACAAAAUCACUAGAAGCUGAUUUAAAUAAUAGUUCACAUGAAGAAUCAUCAGAGAAUGUGGACAAUCUAUCCUCAGAUCAAGAUUCAAGCAUCUCAAAAAUGUCAACAGAUAAAAAUAUUGUUACCACAGAAGCAAUUGCGCCAGAAGAAUCAACUGACUUCAUUAAAAAAGAUGCACAUAUUUCAGAAACAACUAUGAAUAGCAAUGAUUUUAUUAACGUUCCAGAAAGUGUAGAAGAAGAAACCUUGUCAUCAAAUGAACAAUCAGAUAAUAAUAAUAGUUUUGAAAUAACUCCUUCCACAACAGAAAUAGUGACAUCUUCAAGUACAGAGUUAGACGAAGACAAUCUAAUGUCUAAGGAAAUUUCAGAAACAACAUCAAGUAGUGAUGUUUCAGAAACCCCAGAAAAGGAAAGAAAAUCUGACGAAUCAUUACAAUCACUUGAAACUUCAAACAGCGAUGAAGAUUUAAGCAAACCCACCGAAGAAUCCCUUGCACUAGUUACUGACUAUUUCCCUAACGAAAAUGUCUCAACAGAAAUAACUAAUAUUUAUAACCUACAUGACUCCGAAAUCAAUUACAGUAACUCGAAUAAAAUAGUACUUUCUUCUAAAAACAUAUGGAAAGAAAUUUAUGGAAAAGAACCCAGUAAUAUUAGCAUUAUGAUUUCUUCUAUCGAUGAAGAUACCAUGAAAGCUUCUCAUGUUACUAUUGACUUUGAUGGAAAUUCUCCAAGAGUCAUACUCGUCAAAGAAGUUGGAGAAAUUAGAAAACCGUGCUUAUGUCCAUUCAGUGAUAAAAAUUAAUAUAAUUUCUCAAUAAAACAUGUUAAAAGUUACUUAUGAAAUACAUAAAUACACAUUCUUA